AUGUCAGGCAUUAAUGACGCCACCACCUGGAGGCGGACGCCACCACCUGGAGACGGACGCCACCAGCUGAAGACGGACGCCACCACCUGGAGACGGACGUCACCAGCUGGAGACGGACGCCACCAGCAGGAGACGGACGUCAUCAGCUGGAGACGGACGUCACCAGCUGGAGACGGACGUCACCAGCUGGAGACGGACGUCACCAGCUGGAGACGGACGCCACCAGCAGGAGACGGACGUCAUCAGCUGGAGACGGACGUCACCAGGUGGAGACGGACGUCAUCAGCUGGAGACGGACGUCACCAGGUGGAGACGGACGUCACCAGCUGGAGACGGACGUCACCACCUGGAGACGGACGUCACCACCUGGAGACGGACGUCACCUGCUGGAGACGGACGUCACCACCUGGAGACGGACGUCACCAGCUGGAGACGGACGUCAUCAGCUGGAGACGGACGCCACCAGCAAGAGACGGACGUCAUCAGCUGGAGACGGACGUCACCGGCUGGAGACGGACGUCACCACCUGGAAACGGACGUCACCAGCUGGAGACGGACGCCACCAGCAGGAGACGGACGUCAUCAGCUGGAGACGGACGUCACCAGGUGGAGACGGACGUCAUCAGCUGGAGACGGACGUCACCAGGUGGAGACGGACGUCACCAGCUGGAGACGGACGUCACCACCUGGAGACGGACGUCACCACCUGGAGACGGACGUCACCACCUGGAGACGGACGUCACCAGCUGGAGACGGACGUCAUCAGCUGGAGACGGACGCCACCAGCAAGAGACGGACGUCAUCAGCUGGAGACGGACGUCACCGGCUGGAGACGGACGUCACCACCUGGAGACGGACGUCACCAGCUGGAGACGGACGCCACCAGCAGGAGACGGACGUCAUCAGCUGGAGACGGACGUCACCAGCUGGAGACGGACGCCACCACCUGGAGACGGACGUCAUCAGCUGGAGACGGACGUCAUCAGCUGGAGACGGACGUCAUCAGCUGGAGACGGACGUCACCGGCUGGAGACGGACGUCACCACCUGGAGACGGACGUCACCAGCUGGAGACGGACGCCACCACCUGGAGACGGACGUCACCAGCUGGAGACGGACGCCACCAGCUGGAGACGGACGCCACCAGCAGGAGACGGACGUCAUCAGCUGGAGACGGACGUCACCAGGUGGAGACGGACGCCACCAGUAG